GUUUUGUCGUCGUGCAUGACAUGUCAGUUGUUUUGCUUGCUCCAGUCGUAACAAGAAAGAAAUUAUUGUUCGCUGAAAAAGUGUUUCUUUCUAGAGUCCCGUUAAGAUUUGUGAUGUAAAUACUUGAAGAAGCCACAUCUUACCAACAUGGGUCUCAGAACAGUGGACUUCGCCGCAAUAUUGUUAAAUCUCGCCUACUGCGCUCACUCCGAGCACAUCCUGCCUUGCAACGUGAGUUCUCCGGAGCCGUGUCCUGGUGAAAAUGAGGUCUGCGUGCAGCAGACUGGACAAUGCGUUUGCAAGGCGGGCUUCGUGUUUGUUGACGACAACUGCGCGCCCGAGGGCACGGACACAUCUAGCCACACGGCCACUAUUGUCAUCGUAUCGCUGUUCACGCUCGCUCUCCUGGUAUGUGGCAUAGUCUUGGUGUUCAGGAAGUAUGACUUACUCAAUCAUAUUAGACAAAGAAUCAACUUGCGUAGAAACAACGACGUUAUGUACGAGGAUGUCAUGAUUGGCCAAGACGACCCACCCCUUAGCCCUUGAAUGAAGAUACAUCAUCUAUUUGCUUCUAUAGAAAUGUCCUCAGUAUUUCUCGAACUACAUAGAAAAUAAAUUAUUACACAUCUCCGGCUUCUGUCAGCAUCAUCAUCAGUAGUCUUUGUUAACUCCAACCAUAUUUUAGUCUAUGACAUUAUUAAUUGAUCAAACAAAACUGUGUACCUACUGCACAAAAUAAUUAGAAGUAAAUGUUAUGAAAUUUUCAUAUUUGUGUAAAAACUAUUUUAUUACUGUAGUGUUAAGAUUCAAUUUUAUUGUACCAUGGAACAGAUAAGAUUAUGAUCUGUAUUGUAGUACCGAACACAAAAAUUGUCGCAAUAUCAAUGUAUGACCAGGUAAUAUUUCCAUCAGUUUAAUGUAUUAUAAUAAAAAUAAUAUGGUAGUUAGCAUAAUCUCUAUAAUUUUGUAUGUAUUUCAAAAAUAGUUUAAACCCACAGUAGUUUCCUUUCAGCUUAGACCAAUACAAAUUAAGAAAUCUUCACAAUAGUAAAAUCUGGUAUGUAGGUAUGUGCCUAUAAGGAAAAUCAUUUUGGGUAUCAGAUUUCCUCAAUCAAACAAGUUAUAGACUUCUUUGUUACUUGUCUAUAAAAAUUAUCAUCACAGGGUUUUGUUCAGUUGUUAUAUUUAUUUAUGAA